AUGUCACCCCCUGUCAGCCCAUCAGCCUCCGUCAUCCCCUGUCACCCCCGUCAGCCCCGUCAGCCCAUGUCACCCCCUGUCAGCCCCAUCAGCCUCCGUCAUCCCCUGUCACCCCCGUCAGCCCCCUUCAGCCCCAUCAGCCUCCGUCAUCCCCUGUCACCCCGUCAGCCCAUCAGCCGCAGCAGUCAACCCCUGUCAGCCCUCGUCAGCCCCCUGUCACCCCCCGUCAGCCCCUUCAGCCCGUCAGCCCUCUUCAGCCCCGUCAGCGCCGUCAGCCCCGUCAGCCGCAGCAGCCAAUCAGCGCCACGAGCGAAGGCAGCCCCGACGAGGACCCCUUCGAGUGGCCUUCUUCAAAACCCUCAAGUGAUCAUUUAG